AGCCAGCAUGGCUCGAUCCCCUCACGCGGGGCGCCGCGGGAGCGGGCGGCCGCCGCCGCGGCCGCGGCCUCGGCGCGGGGGGCGCCGUCGCGCACGGGGAGGCCCCCGCGGGGCGGCCGCAGCGGAGCGGCCAGGAGGGCAGCCAGACAGGGACAACCUCGCGCUGGCCGCCGCGCCCGUAGAGAAUCGUGGGUCCAGACUCCAUGAUCGACCACUUCAACAGAAGGCGUUCGGCCUACAAGCAGGAGUUCAGGAAGCGGCUACUGCUAGACGACGACGGUGUUGGCGUACCAAGCCCGCGCACGAAGGCCGCCGGCAGCCCUCGGAGCUGGCGGAGCCCGCGGAGCUCCCUGCGGGCCCGUACCAUGGCGACCACGGGAGUCGGCUCUCCGAGGCACAAGAACAUGAAGGAGUACUCGCGAGUGCUCACCUCAUCAAUUGCGGCUCCUUCGUUACGUAGAAAUGCUUCGUAUCCUCUUGAUGGCCACUCCGACGAGGGCGAUUCUAACAGACUGUCGAGGCAGGUGCCGGUGUUGCCGUUGAACCCCUCUCGGGACAGCCCAUUCGGUGGUGCGGGGACAAGUUCGUCCGAAAUUGAACUGUUGUACGACUUCACCAGGUCUACGUCGCCUACGCAUUCAGUGGUGAAGGAACAGAUAUUGGCUUCCAGAGACGUCGUGGAACACUUGGGUGAGCUACCUUGUGGUUUUAGCAUUAUCGACCCUGCCACGUCCACGUUCCUCAUGGUCUGGGAUAUCAUUUUAGGUGUGGUGCUCUGCUUCGUGGCAGUUGGCGCCCCGUACGAAACUGUCUUUGUGACGCCUGAAUUAGGCUGGUGUUUCUUAAUCAACCGCUUGAUCGAUGCGGUGUUCGUCAUUGACUUGUUGCUCCAGUUCGUGACUGCGCAGGAGGAUCCCCAUCGCCCUGGACUCUACGAACGGCAGCCCCGCGAGAUUGCAAGGAUCUACUUCAACAGUUGGUUCAUCAUCGAUUUUCUGUCGAUCUUACCGGUCGACAUUAUCUGCGUGCUCUCCGAGUCGAGUGCCAGCUUUGGGUGGCUGCAGAUGCCGCGUUUCUUGCGGAACAUGAAGGUGCUGCGGCUUCUGCGGCUGGCGCGGCUGCUGCGGCUGGCCAAGGUGCAGAAGCUGGUGGUGCGGUGGCAGAGCGCCACGGGCAUCAGCUUCGCGGCGCAGUCGCUGCUCCAAUUCCUGGUCAUGAUAGCGAUCGUGAGCCACUGGAUGGCGUGCCUCUGGGCAUCCCUCGCCUGGUCCUCCGACGGCGACGACAACUGGAUCUCCAAACUCGAGGUAGGGCGGGGAGGCGGCGUAGACAUCACUUCCAACGCCUUCUACGUCUAUUGCGUCAGCCUGUAUUGGGCAGUCAUGACUCUCACGAGCAUCGGCUACGGAGAUAUCGUUGCGACGACUCAUCUGGAGUACGUGGUCGCCACACUGUGCAUGCUCUUCAUGGCCGGAAUCUGGGCCUACACCAUCGGAGCCGUCUGCGGCAUCGUGGGCAAUUUGCACCCGCACGAGGUCGCCUUCAAGCGGAUGAUGGACACCCUCAACAAUAUGAUGGCCGACAACGGCAUGCCCAAAGACGUCAGGACACGGCUGCGGAAGUACGUCUACGCGUCGCGAUCGGUGAACCGGAGGAAGGUGGAAGCCCACGUCAUGAACUCCCUAUCGCCGACGCUGCAGGGUGAGGUCCUGCUGUACGGGAGCAAGGAUUUCCUGAUGGCGGUGCCGUGCUUCAUGUAUUUCUCACACGAGGAGCUGGUAUGCACCGCGCAGUGCCUGGAGGCCCGGGUGUACGCCCCCACGGAGUACAUCCACCAGGAGAAGACGCUGUUCAUCGUGCAGCAGGGCAUUUGCCUUCGGAUGAUGGCGGUCUUUUUGCCGAAAAUGCAUUGGGGCCAGGGCAACCUGAUCCUGAGCAAUCCGUUGCUGUGGGACCCAGAGGGUGCUUAUGCGCUAACCCACGUGCAGGUGCUGACCUUGCAGUCAAGCGAGUUGACGCUAUUGAUUGAACGGUUUCCGUCCGCCAGAACUGCCAUCAACGCAGCUAGGAUCCUCAAGGGCGUGGCGCGCGCCGCCCAGCUCAUGAGGGACCUCGAGAGGGAGGUGGCCCAGAGCAGGUGGAAAGAUGUCUGGGAUCAAGUCGAGGAGGACGGCCGGCUGCUGUUGUGGACCGACCUGCUCAAAGGGCGAUUUCGGGCGCCCAUGCUGCUGCUGUACGUGCCACCUCAACUAGAGGGUGAUUGUCCCCAACGCUACGCGGUGGCACACCUGAAGGGAAC